AUGGAGCUUCCGUUUUCUCAUGGAAAGAUAACAAAAAGAACCUGUGAAGAAAUGCUGAGCAAGAACAGAAUGAAUGGUAGCUAUUUAAUACGAGAGAGUGAAAGCGUGGAAGGAGCCUUGUGUCUCUGUGUUUUCUUUGAAGAACUUGUCUACACUUACCGUAUCUUCAGGGAACACCAAGGAUAUUUUAGAAUACAGACUUCUGAAGGUGUUCCACAGAAGAUCUUCAGAACAUUAAAGGACCUGAUAUACAACUAUGAAAAGCCAAAUCAAGGACUAAUAACAAACCUUCGCUAUCCAGUAAAGAAACCAAAGGCCUCGCAAAGCAGCCAAAGGUUCAAGUCAGGAAAGGAUGGUAUUUAUGAUGAAAUUGAUGACAGCGAUUACGUUGAUGUCUUACCAUGAUCUGCACCUUAACCAUCUGGGAAGCUGCCACUUCAGGCUGUAUCACAGC